UCCGGAUCGAACGUGUCCACUGCCACCACUGCCGCGUCGCUGUCUCUGCGGUGUUCCCACACUCGACCGUCGCCAAAACCAUAACACAUUAAACCGCGUCGCCAAUCACCUCAAUCAAUUUUUUUUUUGUUUGUCAUCAUCUCGCCAUUUUAAUACGAUAAUAUUUCUAAUAUUGUUUCGGUCGCGUCCGGACCGUUUUCGACAUCCACCGCACCGACGGAACGCCGCGGAACGUGGUCCGAUCGACGAGCGCGCGCGAUCGACGAAAGCGCGGCCGGAGACGUAGCCGGCCGCCGCCGCCGCCGUAACCGCACAGACUACGCUCUCGUCCGCCGUCGACGCGACCGGCCGUUAUAUUUAUUAUUUUUCUCCCGUCGUCGUCGUCGUUGUUGUUGUUGCUUUUCGCGCGCGCGAGCUUAGCAGCCGCCACCGCCACGGCCACGGUAGUCGUUCCCCGCGCAGGGCGCACCGCGUUCGGCGUUUUCAAAACACCGUUAGUUUCCCGCGCUAUUCCCGACGCCGCGAGAGAACACCACGCGAUUCCGCCGCCGCGCCGCCUCCGUUCCGCGACGAAAGCCCAAACGUAUUAGUAUAAUUACUUUUUCCCCGAUUAUUUCUUCGGUCCGUCCCGCCUGCUCCCGGGAAAACCGCUGCCCCGACCCCGCAGCCAAAACCGCGGUUUUCCCGCGCCAUGAGACGGUGCGCGGCCCCAUCGUGCCCGCAGGACAACCGGCAGUGGUAACAGUAAACAACAAUAUAAUAUUGUCGUGAAACGAUAUAAUAUAAUAUUGGGCCGCAGUAAGAGCGUAAUAUAAUAGCGAACACCAUCAGAGCAGUACCGGUGACGCGCGCGUGCGAGCGGUGGCACUUUGACCGGUUGAAAAGGAUCUGCAAACGGCCCCAAAACGGAACACAUACGGAAAGUCAUGGGCUGCGUCCAGUCGCUAUUCAACUCUUCCAAAUCGAGGAGUCCGUCGCCGGAAAAGGGAUUCGAACUGCCCACGUUCGAGACCAUGCCCGUGACGCGACAACCGAAAAAAUCGUACAACACGGGAAUAUCGGUGGCCGACGACCGCGUGCACAGUGACGUGGAAGACGACGUGGACGACGCCGACGACGACGACGACGACGACAUCGCCUUCAGGUGCGACGACUUCGACAGAUAUGCGAUGGAGGUGGACGGCGAUCUGCACUCGCUGCACUUCGUUGAGGCGACGGCCUGCACCACGCUGGCCGCCAACUCGGGAACGGUGGCCAUACUGGGGACGACGGCCAAGUGCAAAUCGGCGGACGCGUCGCCGGCCAACAGGCAGCGGCCGCCGCUCGUCGGGUCCAUGUCGCAGCCCAUGAUGCUGGAGUCGCGCUUCGUGAAGGCGACGGCCGUGAGGAAGUUGGCCGCCGACACCGGAACGAUAGCCGUGCUGAGCUCCACGACCGAGCCGGAACCGCAGUACGUGUGGGUGCCCGAAGAGGAGGCUCACUUCAGUGGCCGCAUGGCCGCCUGCAGGGCGGGUCCCUCGGGCGUGCAGUCUCUGGACGCUGGCCCGUCGUCGUCCGCCCAGUGGCCGCUGCAGUGGCCGGUGGCCGGUGACUCGAAGAAAAGCGAAAAUCUGGACCGCAUACCCGUUGGCGUGAUCGAAGUGUUGGACUGCGAACCGGCGGACCAGUGCCAUCCGACGCCGCCGAAGGCUCGACGGUUCCCGCGGGCACAGCGGGCCACCCGCGACCAGCACAUCCCGUUGCCGGUCAUACACGCGAUGGAAAUAAAACCCAACGCGCUCGGGCACGACGAUCGGUUCAAGACCGUCACGGUGCAGCCGCCGUCGUCCGAUAGACACGGAUAUCGUCCGCGCAUGACCGCCGGAAGCGCGACGUUCGACUCGUCGUCCCGGAAACCGUUCGUCCGGCAGUCAAACGAGUCUAGAGAGCACAAGUUCACCGAAGACGACUACGCGGCCGUCACGGACUGGAUGGCCAACAUGCCGGUGUUCGCCAAAUGUCCGCCCGCCAAGUCGAAAAGUCUCCCUUCCCGGGAUCCAAUACCAUCGAAUACAUCAAGAUCUGAAGGGACUGAUGAUAGACAGCAUGGUGUUCUUCGAGGAUCAUCAUUACCGAAUGAUAACAGCAGUGCAGAAUAUUCGUCGAAACCUGACAAACGGAACGACGGCAAAAGGGCUGUAAUGAUACCGGUCGCAAUCGAAUCUACGAUGGUAGUACCAGAAGUAAAACACAAAUCUGAUCCAUUCAGAAAAUCAGACACGAAUGACAAACCAGAUGAAACUCCCCAAAUUGAUGUAGUAAUUAAAUCAGAAAAAAACGAUGAAUCAGACACGAGUGAAAAACAGAAUGUAAACAAUACACCUGACCAGAACAAAGAGUCUGAGAACGACGUUCAAUCAGACGUGAAAGCCAAAAAAGAUUUAGAAAACAUACCAGAAAUAGAUCAAAAAAAUGAACACCGCGUCGAAGAGGUGAAUGAUGGAGGUGCCGACGAGAUUAAUGCCAACGAUUCAAAAGAUCAGGUGCCGGAAUUGGAUACUGAGUACCGUUUGACGAUGAUACAUAGCGUGCGUGAGGCUGUGAACAAGAUAUGCGAACAGGCCGUGGAGAGGACUGCAGCCAUAGUCAAAAACAGAGGUAUAAACAAGCGUAAUAGCAACUCCUCCUUGAUAGGCUCGUUCAAAGAUCGGGAUGCUGACAAUUCGGAAACAGCCGAUAACGCAAGUAGUGAAUUCUCACUACCACCGCCACCGCCGCUUCAACAAAAUCUGUUAGACUCGGGUUCAACAGGUCAAGAAUGGCCACCACCUCCGACGCUUUCUGAAGCGGAAGAAGAGCGGACUAUAGCACCUGGCGGAUAUUCUUUUGAUUUACCGGAUCCACCAACAGAAAUGGAUCAGAUGGAUUCAGAGACAGACAAACUAGAUAUUUCUGACGAGGAAAUGAGAGCUACUGGCUUACCCUCAGACGACGAAGAUAAUACGUCAGAAGCUGACAACGGAAAGGCAGACAACGAUACGAACGAAACCGACAUCGUCGACGCCGUCAUGAAAUCGACGGCAAACGGCGGAUCGUCCGACGGAUCUGUAGAUUCGUCGGCGAUCAAUGUAGAAGCAGUAGCCGGCGCUAAUGAGCGUGCGGCUACCACCAUUCAGGCGGUAUAUCGUGGAUUCCGUGCCCGGAAGUAUGUGGAGGCUGUGAACGCAGCCGCGGUCAAGAUCCAAGCUGGUUUCCGGGGCUACCGGGUCAGGCAGUCCUUAAAGAACGCGGCCCCGUCCGCGGCCAUCGCGACCACGGACGACAGUCAGUGUUGGUCAGACGACGACCAAAAGUCGGUCGUGUCCGUCAUCUACGCGCCGCUCAAAGAGUACGGAAGCGAGCCGCGCGGCGCCGCCGACGGGCGAGGGGACGGCGACGACGGCAGUGACGACGACGGCGACGGGCCGACUUCCGGCGUCGGCAGCGGUGAGAACAGCGUCGGCGGUGUAGUCGUCGACGGGGGUGAUGGUGAUGGCGGCGACGGUGCAGUCGAUGGGGUUGGUGGUGGUGAUGACCGUAGCGUUGUCGUCGGCAGUAUCGACGGCGGUCGUGUUGUCGGCGCAGUUGGUGUUUACGUGGACGACGACGACGACGACGAUCAGCUGCAGACGGGCGACGACGAGGUUUUCGAGCGCGACGACAAAGACAACGGCGGCGGCGGUAGUAGCGGUGGCAGCGGCGGCGGCGUCGACGUCGGACUUCCGGUGAGGAUUCCGACCACCAUCACUCUGACUGCACCGACGGACCAGAACGAGGUGUCCGCACCGGACGACGCGGCCGAAGCGGAAGCGCUAGUCCAAGCAGCCGUCAAGAUACAGGCCAGGGUCCGCGGUUUCGCGACCAGGAAACGCUUGAACGAGGAAAAGAAUGACGGCGCUGAAAAGCAAAAUUAAACGUGUCUCAAUAUAAUAAAAAACAAACAUGUCAUAACGCUAUAUUACAUAUAUACAUCGCACUCCUCGAUUUCAAAGACUAAACAGUUUUUGCUUCUUUUUAUCUCUCUCUCUCUCUCACUCUCUCUCGGUGUCUCUCUAUAAUAUUAUAAUAUAAUCCUUCAUCUGUCUAUAACGUGUCUACUUAUAUCUAUCCGUUGAACGCGCUGUCACUGUUGAUAAUAAUCCGACGUCAGUCUCGUAACGAUAAUAACAUAUUAAUAUAAUAUUUGAUUAAUAAUUUUCGCGCAAACGGGCGACAGACAAACAAGAAUUAUUACGCGUACGAAUUAUUGCAGUAUUUACUCGGUAUACGGUAAUUUCACGAUUGCUCGUACAAAAUAAAAUAUUGACCCCCCCCCCCCCAUGAAAAAAAACCGCGUUAGUAGAUUUUAGAAAAUUGGAAAAUAUUCCGAUCUUUGUUUUUCGCUGUUUUUAGACGUGUGCGCUAACCCGAAUAAUAUUAUUAUUACAACGCGGUGGCAUUUUGAUUUCAUGUUUCCUUCAACACUGACACACGUCCUACCGCAAACCACGCGUACCUAAAUCAAUUACAUACAAUAUAUUGAAUAUAACAUCCCGGGAACUCACAUGAUAUUAAUAUGUUCAAUUAUGUAUUUCUGGUUAACAACAAUAUGGUUUAUUGGUCCGAAAAUCGGCUAACACCCACUACAAUAUAAUUAUGCCGUCUGUCGCCCGAGAUUCGUUUUUUAAAAAUAUUUGCAUGUUUCAAUGUAUUCUAUUCAUUAAGUUUAUAAUAUUUACUCGUUGCUCGUACAACGAAUUAAUUCAUUAAGUAGUGAACCUUAAUAUUCUGUUGUCUCGUUACUCUUUAUUUGUCAAUGAUUCAAUGAUACAAAUUAAGGUUAUAAACAAAUUUUGGACAACUCAGCGAAGAUAUUAUAAUCUGUAUGUCUAUCCGUUAUCCAUAUAUUUUAUGUUCAAUUAUAUUAUAUGGCAAUUGAGUUGAGGUUUAAAAAAUAUAGAACAAUACAUACCUAAAUUAAGUAAAUUAUGAUUCGAUGCUUUGUUAAAUAUUUGUAGAAUAAUUAAUCUGGCUAACUCAUCUAUUGUUUUCUUUAAGUUUAUAUUCAUAUUUAAACAAUAGUACCUAUCUGUUUAAUAUCAUACUAUCAAGUAUUCACCUUAAAUUAUUGUUUUUAAACAUUAUCUAAAUGUUAGAAAAAUAUAUUCUAUGGAUGUUAUUAGAUAAUAAAUUAUUUUCACUGUAAUGAUAAUAUACAUGAUUACAAAAAUGUAUUUUGGAUGUCGUUUUUAAGCGAAUAUUAGUUAGUUAGCUUAUAAUACGAACGUUAUAGAAAAUUAGUUAAAUUUUAACUUUUUAAUUUUAAUCCAAAUCGGGAGACAUAGCUCUAUAAAUAUACUU